GAAAAACCCUUCAAAAGAAGCCCGGGCUUUGGCAUGCAUCCUGGGCAGAAUGAGAGUGAAUUUAUAGCGAGUGCCUUGGUUUGGUUGGCACAGUGCCCGCAAUUUAUGGGGUGAUGGGCAAAGAACGUUUGUGAGGGGGGUUUGCGCUUUUGUUGUUUCAGGAUCAGAUCCACUUUCAUUUCUUUGAAGUCUUCUGGCAAAAAAAAAUCUGCAUUUUUAACUGAUGCCCUGAUGUUUUAAACAAGGAAUUAUCUGUUUGCCUUUAUUAGCUGAGCUUCUGCAAUGGACCAGUAGAUGGCAGCGUUUCCUGAUUAAGGGGCCAUCGCAUCACAUUGUGUGUGUGUGUGCUUUUGUGUGUGAUCUGCCAGCAUUCAUCAUCCCUGCUCUGCAGUGCACCACCAGCUGAGUGAUAACUAGGGGAAAACAUGCCUCAUCUAUUCCCAUCCAGAGAAUCAUGAAAUGCAACACGGGGCAGCGUGCAGGUGGAAGGCCUAGCGAUGCCAGGCUGAGCUGCUGAAAGCAGGAGGACCAUGGGCAAGGUGAUACAGGGAAUCCUGGUUUUAACAACAAUAAGGGUCGUCCAUCAGAACCUCCCUCCCUAUAUCACAUCAAAUAGUGGAUUAAAAUAACUCCACACCCCACGUUCGAGAACUACAUCUUCAACUUCCAUUGUGCCUUGAAUGUAAAUGGGAAUUAUGAGGUCCCUUUGAUAUUAGGUCUUCUUUUUUUGUAGGAUAUAUGACGGCUUUCUAAAGAGCAGCCCACAUGCACUUUAUUGUCCAAGAAAGAUAAGAUACGCAGGGUUAUAUCCGUGUGAGAUGAAAGCGAUAGGAGCAAAUCUAAUAGACUAGCUAGAUACCGUUGAAGAGCGGAGAUGUGUGCUGAGCUCAGAUGUAGGAAGAUGAGGGAAUGUUAAUAAAUGAAAUGAAAUAGAAGAUGUUUUUUAAUGGAAUGUGUUAACAAAGAAGAAGAAAGAGCUGGAAAGAAAAUAAGACACACGCUACAACAAAAUGUGCAUAUCCACAAAGGCAGCAGUUCCAAGUGGAACAGUGAACUAGGAGAAAAAAAUGGACAGAGAUAUUGAUGCCUAAAACAACUAUUAUUGGAAUUGUGGAUUAAAUAUGGAGCUCAGCAGAAGAAACAGAUCAUUAUUAUCUGUGCUUCUCAAUCUCCUGGCCCUUAGUUUCUCAGUGGCAGCCUUCUUUACCAGCUACUGGUGCGAGGGGACUCACAAGGUGGCAAAACCCCCCUGCCUCUCUGCCGUAAAGAGCAAAAACUGCCAAGUUCUGUCAAUGAAUAGCAGCUCCACCAGUACUGACACCACCGAUACCAACGGAACGCUGAACGAAAACGUGGUUCACUACAACUGGGAGACUGGGGAUGACAAAUAUGCCUUCAAGUACUUUCACACAGGGUUCUGGUUCUCCUGUGAAAAACAUCAAGGAGAGGCCUGCCGAAGCUUCAUUGAGCUGUCACCUGACUCAGAAAAAGGUGUCCUCUGGCUGUCGGUCAUCUCCGAGUUUCUGUACAUUAUUCUGCUAAGUCUUGGCUUCCUGCUCAUGUGUUUGGAAUUCUUCUCCUCUAGUAACUUUAUCGAUGGGCUUAAAAUGAAUGCAUUUGCCGCCAUCAUCACCGUGCUGUCGGGUCUUCUGGGAAUGGUAGCACAUAUGAUGUACAUGACAGUCUUCCAGGUUACUGUCAAUCUUGGUCCAAAGGACUGGAGACCACAAACAUGGUACUAUGGAUGGUCCUUUGGCCUGGCCUGGCUCUCAUUCACCCUUUGCAUGUCGGCCUCUGUGCUCACGCUCAACACAUACACCAAAACCAUCCUGGAGUUCAAGUACCGCCGGAGGAUCUUCGAGAAGAACGUGCGCGAGUGCAAUCCCUUCCUGGACCCGGAGAUGGUUCGAUUCCUCUGGGAGAAGUACAUCUUCUCGGUCAGCAGCACAGUGGACGACCCAUUCAACUGGCACAAAGGAUUUGGGAGCCCCAUAUUCGUGGAUAUCGGAAGCAUCACUGACCUCCCCGGUGCCGUUAAAGAGGAGGAAAGAAGGGUGGAUUUGGAGGACGAUGGCGAUCAAUGCUAGACUAGAAAUACUAUCAGCUGUGCAAUAGAAAUGUUUUAGCAUCACUUCUAAUACUCUCUUACAUGUACCAAUAAAGCGCUUCAUUCUUU